UGCACAGUUCAUUUAUUUACUCAGGCAUUUCCUGAGAGUGAUCUAUACUGUGGAAUGGCCUUUUGUUUUUCUUUUUUUUCUGGGCAGGGUUAUUUUUAAGUAGUCUUCUCCCCCAUCUCCCCCCAACCCCCAAGGGUAUCAGCUGGCCAGCACCAGCUUCAGCGCUUCAUAGAGAAAGAGGCUUAGUUUUGCAGUGAGGAAAACUUGGACCUUAGCAAUUGAGGAAAAAUACCUUCUUAGAAAGGUCACAACUCUUAGAAGAGUAUCUCCUUGUGUUUAAAGUAGAACAGGAUAUUUAAAAUUAAAUCAGCUAGGAAGUUAGGACCUUUGGAGUGCCACAAUACAUUACAUGGACUUGAUUCUCCAUUUGUACUUUACAAUGGUGUAUCUCAAUUUAAGUGCUUUGGCAGUAAAUCAACACAAAACUGGAGCAACACAGUGACAAUUUUGAUCAAGAAGAAAUUUGUCUUUGGUUACCCAAGUGUAAAUUCAAAUAAAGUUCAUAAUCACUAUGAGAAACAUUAAAGCAAUUUUUUAAACAUACUCUGUACUUUCUAAACUGUUCCCACAGAAGACACUAAAGGUCAGUCUAGAGGCAACUCACCUAGUAGUCAAAAUUCUGUGUAUUUCUUGUAUAUGUCCCUAUUGACCUAUUUGGCAACAUUAGCGUUAGCCCAGAUUUCAGCCUAAUUUCUGGAGUUCCUCACUGGGCUCCUUCUUAGUCCUGAAGCAAAGUGUAGAUUAUACAAUAGAUUUCAGUACUGGUUAGCUUUUCUAAAUUCUGUUGCACACAGGGAUUCCACUAUUGAACUAAGUACACAGUUUCUGCUUUCUGUAUUGCAGUGUCAAAUGAACAAUGUUAAAAGCUCCCCGAUAUGAAUUAUAUCUUUCAGGAGGAAGGGAAAGAGGGCUUUGCAGUCUCGGUAAUGCAGCAGAGCGUUUAGCAAGGAAGAUUCAAAUUAAUAAUGCUUCUUACAUUUUGUCUCUGCUAGAAAUCUACAAGGUGAGAGCAGCAAGUGGGACUAGCAGAGAGAUGGUAACUGUGAGAUAGAAACCUCCCCGCCAUUUAGUCCUUGGGCAGAUGAUAAGGAGGGGGCAGAAAAAAACCCUUCACGCCCCUGUCUUAGCGUGGUCAGAGCUGUACCGAGGACUACAAAUCACUGCAGCCUGGAAGCGUGAGCUUUUUUUUUUUUCCUUCCCUUUAAAAAGUUUUCAGGAAGUCUGGGGGAGGGGCAAUGCUGUUUCUUUUUUGUUAUAAUGGGCCCCUUUGUGGAGAUGGAAGAGGAGAAGAGAUCUGUGUGCCUGUGGUGCGCACGCUUCCCAGUGAUUCCCAGGGUAACUUCCCAGGGCUCCUAAAAAGCGCUGGGCCCCUGCGGUGCGUGGAAAAAGGGAGGGGGGCUGCUCCAGGAUGGAGCUGAUGGUGCUGCUCAAUGCUCUGGUUACUCGCCUGCUCUUUGUGUUGCACUCUCUCAUCGGGGUCUGGAGAGUGACUGCAGUGAAGAAAGAACCCAAGUACUGGCUGCUGGCACUGCUCAAUCUUCUCCUGUGCCUGGAGACAGGGCUCACCCUCAAGUUUAAGCAAGGCAGAGGCUACAAAUGGUUUUCACCAGCAAUAUUUUUAUAUCUGAUUUGCACAGUACCAUCACUAUGGCUACUAGAAAUUCAUCAUGGGACUCAGUACUGUGGUAAUGAGCCUGGAGCAGUUCAAAUGAAUGUCAGCAGCCAAGACUUCAAUCAAUCCAGAGACACCAGUCAUGGAAGUGAGGGAACAGGUCACCACAUCAUUCAGACGGCUAAAGUCUUUGUGAAUCACCUUUCCACAAUCUGUGAGACCGUAUGGACACUGGCCCUCCACCAGACUUUUCUACUGCUACUAGUAGUUGGGAGAUGGCUUCUCCCCAUUGGAGUUGAAAUCACCAGGGAUCAAUUGUCUCAGCUGCUUCUCAUGUUUGUGGGAACAGCAGCAGAUAUACUUGAAUUUGCUAGUGAAACCUUGGACAUCGAAGAUGUUCGGAAGAAUUAUGCUCUCAUAAAUGCAAUUCUUGCUGUAUGGACCUGGAGUAUGUUACAGUUUCCACUUGAUCUUGCAGUACAGCAUAUUGGCUGCAAGCCAACUGCAUCGACUAGGCGGAUCCCCAGCCUGCUGCUGUGCAGGUACAGUGCAGAACUGUGGAACAUUGGGGUCAGCCUUUUCAUACAGGAUGGUCCCUUCUUCAUUGUGCGUUCAAUCCUGAUGGGCCACUUCAGAAUAUUCAAUCAGAUGCUGGUGUUUUUUACAGCUAAGAAUAUCUUAGUUGUGACUCUACAAUUGUAUCGUUUGGCAGUGAUAACAUUAGACUUCCGCGCUACCAUCCUGCAGAAGAGCAGGAAAGAAGUUAGCUGUUGCCCUUGCGAGCCUUACAAAGCUAGUACUCAUGCCACUGCUGACCAAGAUACAGAAAUGAAAGAGUUUGUUGCUGUUCCUCCAAAAGAGCAAUCCCAAGAUCCAUCAGCAGAUCAGUGAGCACAGUUACUGACUUGAAAGAGGCUGCAUUUCCCACAGCUUCUUCAGAAGGGCUUAGCCUAUUUCUACAAUCAAACAUACCUUGAGUGCCUAAGUCAUCUCUUCCACCAAGAGAUCAAUAAUUUCUUCUAAAUUGUAGGGGAAAUUUCAGAAGCAAAUUCAUAGAAAUGGGACAUUUUUUUAAUCCAUUUGUAUGGUGGGUUUUUACUAGUUCCCUAUUAUAUUAUCCACAGGGAUUUUGUAGCCAUAGUUCGUAGUAGCAAGAAAGGUUUGGCACACUUAAAGUUGGUUGUUAUCUUUGGUGGCACUGUGCUAACGUAUGUACUUGCAUGUAUUCAAAUAGAAGGACAAGCCUAUCCAUUAUAGGAAGUACGGAAGCAUUUAGCUCUUCUUGAAUGGUCCAGCUAUAAAGUAGAGCACGAUGAACAAUAUGUUCACCAUGUAUGGGAACAACUUCAGCAGCAACAACACAUGCAAGUGAAGGGUGGUGACAGAUUUCUACUGUUACUGUGACAUCUAAACAUUUUUCUUAAGUUUCUUGAAUGAACAAUCUUCUUCAAAAUGUUACCUCAUCCUUGGCUGGAUUCAGUUAAAAAACUAUGCAACACCAUGAAACUGCAUACACAAGACUGCCUCUUAGGAACUGCAUGGUCUGAAUAACCUAAACCUUAAAAAAAGGCAGCCCCACAGAUCAUUAGAAGACAGCUGCAUUUGUCACAGGCAUUUUCUACAGAGGUGCUUGCCUUUCUAUUUCUACCAGUUAGAAGACAAAAAAAAAAAAACAAAACAAAACAAACAAAAAAAAAACCAAACCACCCAGGUUUUUUCCUGGUUUCACUGUGCUUGCAGUUGAGACAAGUUUUAAAAAUCAUAUAAAACAGAGACAUUUUAAAAAGUGGCCCAACUCAGGCAUACAAUCUAGCUAGAAAGAAAAUGGCAUUGUUCAAGUUUGACAAGACCAUCUAGACAAGAGGAUUCAGGCUUGUGCUUCACAUUUCAUAAAGCACCACAAGGUCCUAUGAAAUAACUUGAGAGAUUGUCUGGUCUGUUGAGUGUCAAGAUCCAUUUUUAAGAAAUGGCUAAUAAUUAUUAAUUUAGUACUUUCACAUUUAGAGUGAACAACAGAGGGCCCGAUUAAUUUCUCCCAAGAACACACUUUAGAUCAGUGUUAAGACCGUUGACUUUGCUGGGCUUAGCUUGUAGAAGCUGAAAGUAAGAUAAGUGAUUUUUGAAAGCCUGCCUAAAAAAAUUAUAUUCUCACAGAAAAUGGCAGGUGCUUUUACAAAUUUCUGCAUCCAUUCUAAAAGAGAGCGGAAAAGCAUAUAAAAAAUUCUAGCAAGUAAAAAGUGACCUAAUUAAGGUAAUUUCCCUUAUUAAAAAUUCCCAAUUAAACCUUAUUUUCUAAAGCCUCAGCUACCUAAAGACAGAAUCUGGUUUCCAGAAUGAAUAAAAGUGUUUCUGCCACAACUGCAGCAGUCAUAUACUUAUUUAUCCAUAGCCUGAUAAGCAAUGACAUGUUUAUUCUUUGAAAGAUGAACCUCAUUUAACAAUUCCAAUUCCUAAACAUGUGAACGUGUUUAUACUUGUGAGCUGUUACUAUUCUGUGCAGGACCAGGCCUUUCCAUUAUGAAAGAAUAAAAUGCACAGCAUAAAGAAGGAAGGAAGUCUCACAUACUUCAUAGCCCUUUCUACCAUUUUACUUUAGUAAUAAUGUGCGGCACCUUCUGCUCUUCUUAUUUUGGGCCUUUUUCUAGUGGAAAUUUAAAAAAGCCAAUCGUCAUUUGCCAUGGCAUUGUGUGGUAGACAUAUGGAGAGUAGAAUGCAACUUCAUUUGGGAUUUUAAUUCAAGCCUAGAGGUAAAAAAAGCUAGAGUGCUGUUGCUGACCAGCUGCGCUGUCCAAAACCUUUCAUACUAGGGUGAAUUUAGAAUCAGUUGGUAAAACUGCAACACAUCUCUUCCUUGAUGCAAGCCAGGACUACUCACAUUCAUUUUGAGUUUACCACUUGCUGAUAUAGUAAUUAUCCUGUUAAAAGGAUCCUUGCUAAUUAAUUUGGAGUGUACUGAGCUUGCUAGAACAUCAUUCUAAAUUCAUCAGCACAAAAAUUGCAGGACGUACUUUUCAAAACUUGCUUUCUAUUUAAAGGCUUAGUUCAGCAACAAACUGCCUACCAGGCUCAGCCUGCAGCAAAUGCAAGAUCCCCUGGGGUCAGCAAUACAGAGACUAGUUACAGCAGGAAUAUUUUACAGAGAACUGUUUUUCCUGGUCUUCAGGCUGUUCCAUUUUAAACAGCAGUAAAGCUUCUGGUCAGAUUUACAGUGAGAAGAACUCACUCCAAUGCUAGGUUGUUACUACUAGAUCCUAUCCCCAUGCCCUCACAGACAAAAUAGGCUGGAUCCUCCCUCACACUUACAAUAGAAUAGAUUUGGACUUCCCCCUUCCUCCUCACCACCCAUCAGGGGUGAUGACAAACAGAUUGCUCAAAAACAAAAGAAAACCCAAACAGACAAACUUAGCACUUAAAUGGUGGGUAGUCUACCUCCCCACCUGUGUGCAGAGGGGAAUCACAUAUGCCAGGUAGCAGCAGCAAUGGCAUGCGGUUGGUUCACUCCACUGAGAAGCCUGGAAAUGCCAAUUAAGAAGUCUAGUAGCUUGUGUGUUUGGUCACAGCAGCAAACCCCUGUUGCGAGCCCUCGUCACCUUCCUCUUGCAAAUUUUUCUCGAGGGAGGACUACGGCACUGUUUUUUUCCACAGGCUGAGUCAGCUGAAUCAGCAGCUGGGUGUGGGAAGCCAUUGUGUCAUCCUGCAGCCUUCCAGAGCUUUGCACUAGGCAGGUGGUAGAAUGCAUUUUCUUGAAGAUCUGCCAGCAUCUGUAGCGUAUCUAAAGAACAACUGAUGUCAUGCUUGCUAUUCAGAAAAAGCUGCAGUAAACUUUCAGACAGGGAAAAUUCAAGCCUUCAAAAUGGAAGAAUUUCAGAACAUUUAUCUUCACCAUUAUUUACUUGAGUCAGGAGAAUUACAUUACUAAAUCUGUUCUGCAAAUAGAUAUCUACCCAUUUACUGUUAUUUAUUCUGGUUGUUCCUGCCUUGUCCUUUUAGAUUAUUCCAUAUUAAACCUCACUGAAAUGUUUUACCACUUAUCUUUUCCUGAGCUAAAAUGUAUUCCUCCUUUCUUUUGGACAUUGGCUCAAAUAAGAUCAUAGCCCUGAGCCUGAAAAAGGAAAAAAAAAAACCAACAACUGUGGUUUUAUUGCAUUCCUGUUGGUAUUUGUACUGUACUAUGUUCUCUGGGACCAUGUGGAAAAGGAAGAAAAUGUGCAAUUACUUCUAAAAAAUUCCAACUGUAUUUUACAAAUAAAGGCAGUUACCUCAGGCAUAGCUGCCAAUUUAUUAUGUGAGAACUGACUGUUAUAUGUUCCCAUUAAUUACAUCUUCCACAUGCUGCUUUUCCUUUCCAUCCUUCAUAAGUUAAUUACUUAGGCCAGAUUCUGACUGCAGCCGUUGCUUUGAAAACCCACAGGAACUGCAGUAAAUUCCACUCUAUUCUGGAUAGGUUCUUCUUUAUCCAGAGCCUUUGCCUCCAAGUAUGCAAGUCACAGCGUAAUCCCAGAGAGGAUGUGUUUAAUAUCUGCACACAGGAUGUGUUUUACAGAUGCAAACAAAUACAUAUAUGCAUUUAGACAUACACACCUGGC